AUGAGUUUCAGGGGAAGCAGCAGAGGCGGCCGCGGCGGGUUCAGCAGCAGAGGUGGUCGCGGUGGUGGCCGUGGAGGCGCUAGGAUGCCGCAGGGACCGCCAGAUUCCGUGCUCGAGAUGGGAUCGUUCUUACAUCCGUGUGAGGGAGACAUUGUGUGCCGGUCGAUAAAUACCAAGAUCCCGUACUUCAACGCGCCAAUAUAUCUCGAGAACAAAUCGCAGAUUGGGAAAGUGGACGAGAUUCUAGGGCCGUUGAACGAGGUUUACUUCACGAUAAAGUGUUCGGAGGGCGUGCAGGCAGCCAGUUUCAAGGACGGCGAUAAGUUCUAUAUUGCUCCUGAUAAGCUGUUACCGAUCGAGAGAUUCCUGCCAAAGCCCAAGGUGGCGGGUCCUCCAAAGCCUAAGAAGAAGAAGCCAUCCGGCAGAGGCGCGCCAGGCGGCCGCGGCGGUCGCGGCGGCUUCAGCAGAGGCGGGUUUGGGGGCAGUUCCCGCGGUGGCCGUGGCGGUUCUCGCGGUGGUCCAAGAGGAGGCUCCAGAGGCGGAUUCGGUGGGUCCCGCGGCGGAUUCAGAGGCGGCCGUGGUGGCAGAAGGUGA